UUCAAGAAAAUCCACCGCGGUUAACCAAAUCAAAUUAACAAAAGCCCUCCAAGUUCAUCGUUUUGUUCACGGGAUUGAGUUGGAACAGAAUCCGGAAUGGAAUCUUGCGAAAUUUGCGGCGAGCUCCACCCGUGGCGCGGAACCGUCGUCGAGCGCUGCGCAACCAGUGCCAAGGAGUCCCUCCCCGAGCUGCCGCCGGAGAUGUGGGCCGAGAUCUUCAACCAUUUGCCGGCGUUUCCACUGCUGAAGAUGCGACAGGUUUGCCGUCGCUGGCGGGACAUCGUGGACCACAGCUUGGCGCUCGUGUCCAAGCUUCGGGUGACGUUUUUCGACGUCCACAAUCCGAUCGAUGGCAGCUUCGAGCCGAAGCACCUGCCUCGGGUGCCGAAUGCUUACCUCGUCUCAUUCGUAACGGAAGUUGGCCCUUGGUGGGCAUCGUUCGGCGAAGGGUUAACCACGCUCGAGUUUGGCAGCGGUUCGGAGAUCAAAUCCUCCGUGUUUCUGGACAUUCUUCGUCACACGCCGAAUCUCAGGGUGCUGGAUCUGCCGUUAGUGGAGUUUAUCGACGAUUUUUCUACUUUGCCAGACUUUCGUCUGGACAAGCUGGAAGAGCUCCGUGCUCAUUACAUCGACGUUCCGGAAAUGUUUGACGUGUAUCGAGUGCUCUGUGGCUGUGGGUUGAAGUCAUUGACGGUCAUGUGGCCCGACUACCAUGAUUGUCGCUCGGUGGAGCCGCUCGAGGCGGCACGGGCGGCACACUUCGUGAGGGGCUUUCAAACCACGCUGGCGGAACUCCACAUUAACGGCUCGGACGAACUUUUGACUGAGAUGGUGACAUUCGAUCGAUUGAAGCUGAGAAAACUUAGGCUGACCUACGAGGAACUCUCCAACGGUUGGCUUCUGGUCAAUCUUUGUCGAAAGCAGCCCUUGUUGGAGUACCUUGCCGUAGACGAAGGGUUCAAGUUUAACCAGGAAAGCGUAGUGAUGCUCAACCAAAUUGGCCACCUUCUGCCCAAGUUGACUUACCUAUCGAUCAAAGUGGCUCCGUUUCUUGACCUUACGUUCCUGUUCAAUUUUGCCAACCUCCACACCCUCGAACUUUACGGCGAUCAUGAAAACUUCUCUCUAGUCCAAUUUGCGUUCUCUGGCAACGACAACCCCAAUCUCAACACGCUGCACCUGGGCAAAAUUCACUUCCAGAAGUGUGUCUUCCAGCAGUUCCUCAACAAGCUGCCAAACAUUCGCACCAUAUCCUUACGGAACUGCAAAUUCAACGCCCAGUCCGACCUCUUCGAAGCGCUCGUCUCGCUCAAGCAUCUGAACAAACUGACUCUCGACAUCCAAGAGACCGGCUGUUCCUCCCCGGCGACCCCGCUGGCCACCCUGAAGCACCUCCGCAUCAGAAGCUGCGAAAUGUCGCGAAAGCUGUUCGCGUCGUUCCUCGCCUCGUGUCCGCACUUGCGCGAGCUCUGGCUGAAUUCGAGACAGGCAGUGCACGUCGAGGAGGUGCUCGCCGCGAUCUCGCUGCAGCUUUUGCCGCAGCUGGCGGUUCUUACCCUUCUGACGCGCCCGAUGACGAAGGAAGCGAAAUACUACGUCCGCUACGUUUGUCGCGCGCUGGAGAAGGUGGAAAUUGGGUUGGAAUUUUGAGAUUUAGACUGCUAAUGGAGCACCCGCCGUCGAGCAGUUUUUGCUUUUUCUACAAUGUAUUUCUUAUGGAGCGAACUGUCAAAAACGAAGGCGGGUACUCCAUUGUCAUUAUCGAGGACUUUGUUGUAUAAUAAAAACACGUCUUAU